CCCGACCCGGGCGAAUGCGGGCUUGUGCCGCCGCCGCCGCCGCCGCUGCCGCCGCCCGGGCCGAGUGACAAAGGAAGGAAGGAAGGAAGCGAGGAGGAGCCGGCCCCGCAGCCGCUGACAGGGCUCCGGACUGGGGGCAAAGCGCGGACACUUCCUGAGAGGGCACCGAGCAGAGGCGAGGGGUGGGAGGACGGCCGCGCUGGUGCCGUGGACGGGGGAGGGGGGCCCCGAGGGACGGAAGCGGUUGCCGGGUUCCCAUGUCCCCGGCGUAUGGGGAGCAGUCGAGGAGCCGCUGCCUGGGGUCUGAAGGGAGCUGCCUCCGCCGCCGCCGCCGCCAUGGCCGCUGGAUCCAGCCGCCGCCUGCAGCUGCUCCUGGCGCAAUGAGGAGAGGAGCCGCCGCCACCAGCCGCCGCUGACCGAUUUGCGACUCCGCCGCCCUCAGUUCUGUGGCCCCAGCCGUCAGCCCGCCGAAUCCCGCCGCGGCCGGAGCCGCAGCGUUUCCCGUCGCAUCUCCGAGCCACCCCCUCCCUCUCCCUCCCUUCUCCCCAUCCCCCCUUCUUUUCAAGCGUGAGACUCGUGAUCCUUCCGCCGCUUCCCUUCUUCAUUGACUCGGAAAAAAAAUCCCCGAGGAAAAUAUAAUAUUCCAAGUACUUAUUUUCAAUCAAGUAUUUGCCCCCGUUUCACGUGAUUUUUUUUUUUUAAGGAUUUCUCUAAGGAAAGGGAGGGGAAAGAAUUGUGUUUUUUCCCCAGACCCAAAUCAUCUAUAUGUUAAAUAUCCCUAACGAUCUGUCUUGAAGGAGAAAUACAUCGAUCGUUUUUUUUUUAUAGCUAUACAAAAAAGGGGUGGAAAGCCAAGAGGACGAAGUCUUUUUCUUGUGGAAGAACUUAAUGCUGCAUUUAUCAUUAACCUAGCACCCCAACAUAAAACAAAAGGAAGAAAAGGAGGAAGGAAGGAAAAGAAGGUGAUUCGGAAAGAGAGUGACCAUGUCAGGGCGGCCCAGAACCACCUCCUUUGCGGAGAGCUGCAAGCCAGUGCAGCAGCCUUCAGCUUUUGGCAGCAUGAAAGUUAGCAGAGACAAAGAUGGCAGCAAGGUGACCACAGUAGUGGCAACUCCUGGGCAGGGUCCAGACAGGCCGCAAGAAGUCAGCUAUACAGACACUAAAGUGAUUGGAAAUGGGUCAUUUGGCGUGGUAUAUCAAGCCAAACUUUGUGAUUCAGGAGAACUGGUUGCCAUCAAGAAAGUAUUGCAGGACAAAAGAUUUAAGAACCGAGAGCUCCAAAUCAUGAGAAAGCUAGAUCACUGUAACAUAGUCCGAUUGCGUUAUUUCUUCUACUCAAGCGGUGAGAAGAAAGAUGAGGUCUAUCUUAAUCUGGUGCUGGACUAUGUCCCAGAAACAGUAUACAGGGUUGCCAGACACUACAGUCGAGCCAAACAGACGCUCCCUGUGAUCUAUGUCAAGUUGUAUAUGUAUCAGCUGUUUCGAAGUUUAGCCUAUAUCCAUUCCUUUGGAAUCUGCCAUCGGGAUAUUAAACCACAGAACCUCUUGUUGGAUCCCGAUACAGCGGUCUUAAAACUCUGUGACUUUGGAAGUGCAAAGCAGCUGGUCCGAGGAGAACCCAAUGUUUCGUAUAUCUGUUCUCGGUACUAUAGGGCGCCGGAGUUGAUCUUUGGAGCCACUGAUUAUACCUCUAGUAUAGAUGUAUGGUCUGCAGGCUGUGUGUUGGCUGAACUGUUGCUAGGGCAACCAAUAUUUCCAGGGGACAGUGGUGUAGAUCAGUUGGUGGAAAUAAUCAAGGUCCUGGGGACACCAACAAGGGAGCAAAUUAGAGAAAUGAAUCCAAACUACACAGAAUUCAAAUUCCCUCAAAUUAAGGCACAUCCCUGGACUAAGGAUUCGUCAGGAACAGGACAUUUCACCUCAGGAGUGCGGGUCUUCCGACCGCGAACUCCACCGGAGGCAAUUGCACUGUGUAGUCGUCUGCUGGAAUAUACACCAACUGCCCGGUUGACACCACUGGAAGCUUGUGCACAUUCAUUUUUUGAUGAAUUACGGGACCCAAAUGUCAAACUACCAAAUGGGCGAGACACACCUGCACUCUUCAACUUCACCACUCAAGAGCUGUCAAGUAAUCCACCUCUAGCUACUAUCCUUAUUCCUCCUCAUGCUCGGAUCCAAGCAGCUGCUUCCACCCCUACAAAUGCCACAGCAGCCUCAGGUUGAAAACCCUUCUAACAGAAAAGGGAAUCAUGAUAGGAGUUGGACAAGAUGCUAAUGCUGGAGACCGUGGGCAGACCAAUAACGCCGCUUCUGCAUCAGCUUCCAACUCUACCUGAACAGUCCCAAGCAGUCAGCUGCACAGGAAAACCACCAGUUACUUGGGUGUCACUCAGCAACACUGGUCACGUUUGGAAAGAAAAUUAAAAAGAGAAAAAAAAACCUGUUCAUUUUAGUGUUCAAUUUUUUUAUUAUUAUUGUUCUUAUUUAACCUUGUAAAAUAUCUAUAAAUACAAACCAAUUUCAUUGUA